CAUUUCCGGCCGUGCCGAUGCUAAUCGGCUAUUGGGAAUAUAAAUACAAAAGAGUCUUUAUUCAGCAGCGUAUUCUGAGUUUGUAAGUAAAUAAAUGUUUAAUCAAAACGAUUAAAUCUAUAUAAAAAUACGUAUCUAGCUGAAAAAGAAAUGUAAAUAUCUUACUUGUGACUGACAGAGAUAAGAACAGGAAGAACAAAUGUCAAAAUAUAAACAGUAACAUUUUAAUUAUACUUAUAUAAACAUGUAUAACAAUUUCUGUUUGUGAAAAUAGUCAGUUUAACAAUAUUCCCGCCCUGAUAAUCCGUUUUAAAUCAGUCUUUCGUUAAACUCAAUGUAUUGUGGGCCGCGUCGCGCCACCUGCCGGCAGUAACGAUCAUGACCGCGCGAGUUAAAUGCCGUUACGGCUCUGAGGCGUUUAGAAGCACCGAGCAGAUCGGGGAUAAAUAAGAGACUAAAGAUGGCGACGGUGGAGGAUUCAUGGGACAAAUUCGGAUCCAAAACUUCCCUUUGGAAUACUGAGUUCAGCGAUCCAGUCGCGCACUGAGAACCGCAGAACCCCGCGACACCGAGCUGAGACCCGGUUCUGCUUCUGUGGCUUAAUUACAGGGUUUUCUUCUACACAUUCUCGAUUGCACUAACAAAUAAAGCGGAAUUUGGACUCAGAUCAUCCGAACCGACACCGUAUCCAGCCGAUAUGAUCCCUGACUGAAUACGAACCGAGUCCGUGUCGAAGUGUAGUUUGGUUCUGGUGCAUGGAGGCCGCUGGAGGAAGUCUGUCCGUCCCGGUGUCGCAGUGAUUUGGGUCAGAACCGGAUCGUGAUGUAUUUUCUGAGCGGCUGGCCGCGGAGGCUCCUCUGCCCGCUCCGGAGCGGCGAACGGCCCUUUCUGAUCGAGCCCAGCGCGCAACGGUUCUACCUGGCCGUGCUGUCCGAGACCCAGAUCAGCAUCUGGUUCAGCAGGCCCAGCGUGUUGAUCGUCAGUUACAUUGAGUCUGGGAAAGCGGCCGCACAGUUCGGCUCCUAUCAGCAGGUGGAAUGGAAGCCCGAUGACUCCAUGAUCGCAGUGGCGGCUGCGAACGGUUACGUCCUUUUGUUCGACAUCAUCGGAGGGUUGGAUGAGAAGUACCUGUACGAGCCUGUCUAUCCCAAGGGCAGUGCUCGUGUUAAGGUGACUCCGGGCUAUAAGGAGGAACAGUGUGCUCCGGCUCUGACUCUAGAGAUGAAGAAACCUGUCGACCUGGAGGCUCCUAUUAGCUGUCUGCAGACUCUGCAGGAGGAUCUGUUAGUGGCGACGGCGGACGGUUACCUGCACAUGCUGCACUGGGACAGCGUCAGUAACGGCCGGAGAGCAGUUAACCUGUGCACUGUCCCGUUCUCCCUCGACCUGCAGUCGUCCAGAGGAGGGCCGUGUUUGGACCUGGAAGGUGUUUACAUUCGGGAUAUGGAAUAUUGUGCUACGCUGGAUGGAUUUGCUGUCGUGUUUGAUGACGGGAGACUCGGAUUCAUCACGCCAAUCGCAAACAGACUUGCCACAGAUCAGCUGCAGGGGGUUUGGGCCGCCGACGUCUCUGAUGGCACAUGUGUCGCCGUCAACAACAAAUACAGACUCAUGGCCUUCGGCUGCGCAAGCGGUUCAGUGUUGGUGUACAUGAUUGACAGCUCUACGGGAUCCAUGCAGCUCUCUCAUAAACUGGAGUUAACCCCUAAACACUACCCAGAUGUCUGGAAUAAAACGGGCCCUGUGAAGAUGAUCCGCUGGUCUCCGGACUGCAGUGUUGCCAUGGUGACGUGGGACUGUGGCGGUCUGUCCUUGUGGAGCGUGUUCGGAGCUCAUCUCAUCUGCACACUCGGAGAGGACUUCGCUUAUCGCUCAGACGGCACGAAGAAAGACCCUCUGAAGAUCAGCUCUAUGAGUUGGGGUGUGGAGGGAUACCACCUGUGGGUGAUCAGCAGCACGGACGCCACUCCUGUGGAAGCGGAAGGAGACGAGAAACUCCAGCAGGCCGGGAUCCUGCAGUUUCAGUUCAUUAAGAGCGCGCUGACCGUCAACCCGUGCACGAGUAACCAGGAGCAGGUGCUGCUGCAGGGAGAGGACCGUCUGUAUCUGACCUGUGGAGACCCGACUCAGGCUCACAGCGCGUCGGACAAGAGCUCGUCGCGGGACAGCGGCAGCCCUCUGCACCGGCCGUCAGCGUCCACCCCUCUCUCUCAGGGUCUCAGCACUUUACUGGGCCACAAGCACUGGCAGGUGGUUCAGAUUCACAGCACAUAUCUAGAGACAAACUGGCCCAUCAGGUUCGCAGCUAUAGACUGGUCUGGUCAGUGUGUGGCCGUCGCUGGUCGCCGUGGAUUUGCACAUUAUUCCUUAUAUAGCAGGAAAUGGAAACUGUUCGGUAAUGUCACGCAGGAGCAGAAUAUGGCGGUGACGGGCGGUCUCGCGUGGUGGAACGACUUUGUUGUUGUUGCCUGUUAUAAUUUCAUCGACCGGCAGGAAGAGCUGAGGCUGUACGUCCGCUCGUCUAACCUGGAUAACGCGUUUGCCAGCGUCACUAAACUUCACGCCGACACGCUGCUGCUGAACGUGUUUCGUAACGUGGUGAUCCUGUUCCGGGCCGACUGCUCCAUCUGCCUGUACAGCAUCGAGAAACGACACGACAGUCCGAACCCGUCAGCCAGUGUGGAGCUGUUGCAGGAGGUCUCCAUGUCUCGCUAUAUUCCUCACCCUGGUCUGGUGGUGUCUGUGACCCUCACGUCAGUACGGACCGAGACCGGGAUCACACUCAAAGCCCCGCAGCAGGCCUGUUCGGCUGAGAGUAUCCUGUUGAAUUUGGCUGGUCAGCUGAUCAUGCUGCAGAGAGACCGAUCCGGCCCGCAGGUACGAGAGAAGGACACGCCAGCCAAUCAGACGAAGCUGCUUCCGUUCUGUCCGCCGGUGGUUCUGGCUCAGUGCGUGGAGAACGUCUGGACCACCUGCCGCAGCAACCGCAAGAAACGCCACCUGAUGGAGGCGCUGUGGCUGUCGUGCGGAGAGGCAGGGAUGAAGGUGUGGCUCCCUCUGUUUCCCCGAGACCACCGCAAACCUCACUCCUUCCUGUCGCGCAGGAUCAUGCUGCCCUUCCACAUCAACAUCUACCCGCUCACCGUGCUCUUCGAGGACGCGCUCAUCCUGGGCGCCUCCAACGAAACCAUGCUGUUCGACGGCCUGGGCUCGUCCGCCGAGCCGCUGGAGGCGCUCUUCCCGUUCUGCACGGUGGAGCGCACGUCCCAGAUCUACCUCCACCACAUCCUGCGUCAGCUGCUGGUGCGAAACCUCGGCGAGCAGGCGCUGAUGCUGGCGCAGUCCUGCGCCUCGCUGCCGUACUUCCCUCACGUCCUGGAGCUCAUGGUGCACGUGGUGCUGGAGGAGGAGGCCACGUCCAGAGAGCCCAUCCCCGACCCGCUGCUGCCCACCGUGGCCAAGUUCGUGACAGAGUUCCCGCUCUUCCUGCAGACCAUCGUCCACUGCGCCCGCAAAACCGAAUACGCUCUGUGGAACUACCUGUUCGCCGCCGUGGGGAACCCUAAAGACCUGUUCGAGGAGUGCUUGAUGGCGCAGGAUCUGGACACGGCAGCGUCAUACCUGAUCAUCCUGCAGAAUAUGGAGGUUCCAGCGGUCAGCCGUCAACACGCCACUCUGCUCUUCAACACGGCCCUCGAGCAGGGCAAAUGGGAUCUCUGUCGUCAAAUGAUGCGCUUCCUCAAGGCCAUUGGUUCAGGGGAGAGCGAGACUCCGCCCAGCACACCCACCACACAGGAGCAGAGCUCCACGGGCGGCUUUGAGUUCUUCCGUAACCGCAGCAUCAGUAUGUCUCAGUCAGCUGACAGCAUCGCAGGCGGGAAGUUCAACCUGCAGAAGACCCUGAGCAUGCCCUCCGGCCCGUCCUCCAAAGGUGGAGACCGCUGGUGUAAGGACAGCGACUCUGCGGAGAAUCUCUACAUCGAUAUGAUGCUGUGGAGACACGCGCGCCACCUGCUGGAGCAGGUGAGACUGCGGGACCUGGGCUGUUUCUCCGCCCAGCUAGGCUUCGAGCUGAUUGGCUGGCUGUGUCGGGAGCGCACACGGGUGGCACGGGUUGAUGAUUUUGUUACUGCCCUCAAAUGCCUGCACAAGGACUUCCUGUGGCCAUUCCCUGUGAUCCCAGCAUGCUCCAUUAGCUCGCCACUAAAGAACGGACGCUGCCGCCCAGUGUUGAGUUCUCGUUUGCUGAAGUCUCAGUCUGCGGACAGUUUGCUGAUCAGUGACAUGGACACCACGCCUCCUCAGGUCACCACAGCCAAUCACAGCUGGCUUGAUGGCUUGGGGGCGGUGUCUAAGGAACUGGACUCCGCCUCCUCUCACGGAGGACCGCAGACGCAGGACGCUUUUCUCUCUCCUCUUAUUAACAAAGCAGAGGAGUACAGCGUCGGUUCAGCCACGGACCUCACUGAGACCAGUUCAAUGGUGGAUGGUGAUUGGACGAUGGUGGAUGAGAAUUUCUCCACCCUCAAUCUCACCCAAUCAGAGCUGGAGCACAUCUCCAUGGAGCUGGCCAAUAAAGGGCCGCACAAGAGUCAAGUGCAGCUGCGGUAUCUGCUGCACGUGUUCAUGGAGGCGGGCUGUCUGGAGUGGUGUGUCAUCAUCGGGCUGAUCUUACGAGACGCCAGCGUCAUUAAGCAGGUUGUGGGGUUCUUGGACAGUCCAGAGGUCCCGUCAGAAACGGUCCAGAGCAUCAGAGCUGGUCUGAUAGCUGUCGACCUCUGGGUCUCGUCUGAUUGUUUGGGCUACAAGCCGUUCCUGAACCUGAUUCGCCCGCAGCUGCUGAAGCUGAUGGAGGUUCCUGUGGAGCAGGUGCAGCCUGAGGCGUUCCAGCCGACCGGAGCGUCCAAGCUGUCGGAGCCGCCGCUGCUGCUGCCCAGAGCCGAAGACGUCCGCGGGGUCGUGACCUCCGCUCACCCGCUGCCUCUGGAUGGCCCUUCCGGAGCCAACGCCCGGCCGCUGGACGACACACCAGAGGCAGCGCAGGAGGAGGAGGCGCUGGAAGAAGGGUCGUACGACUGCACCCUCUCAUGACCCUUGCAGCUGAGGAACACUAGACGCGUUUGUGCUGCUCCGUGACCGUGUUACAAGUGUGUGAGUGUUUGGACACGAGCGUGAGUGUGUGUUUGUCUUUUUAUUUGAUUUCAGCUCCAUCCAGACUGCAGUGUUGUGUGCGUUUUGCCGUGUUUUCUCCAUCCUGUGGUCAAAUGCGUCGUUUUUUUUUUUUUUUCCUCUUCACAUAUAAAAUAGACAUAUUUUUUUGUCUUAUUUUAUUUUAUUCUUUUUUGUCAUUUCCAGGACAAAUAUUUAAACUUUCUUAAAUCAAGAUACAUUUACUGGAGAAGCAUGUUAGGUCUUGUUCAUGGAAAAAAGUAUCAAAAUGAAGCGAGAACAAAUAUCUCAUUUGAAUGAAGUUAAUUUUCUGACUCCAUUGGCAGAUAUUUGUUCUUGUUUUAAGCAUAAAUUUCAUUUUGAUAAGAUAUUUAGUGUUGUUUUCCUAUUAUAAAUUAAGUCAAGGCAUAAUCAAACUCAUGCAUUAUUUAUUUGGCAAUGUUAUUUUACAGCCAAGAUGAAAAACUCUAUUUCUGAUAAUUAUUUUCUGUCAUUAAUCUUAAAUAUGCAUUUUUUUCAUCACUAUAUUUUUCAUCACUAUAUUAGAUGUAUUUAUUGAGCAUAAACUUGAUCAUUUUGAUGCAUUUUUUACUUAAUAUCUUCAAAAUUACUUAAUAUCUUCAGUCAUUUUGCUUCUCCAGUAAAUGUAUCUUGAGUUCAGGAUGAUAUUUGUGCUGAAAAAGACAACAAAAUGCAAAAUAAGACAAAAAUAAGAAAGAAAUAAUUUUGAGUUGUCGUUACAGCAUCAGGUCUCACGGCCAGCUUUACACCAAAUAAUGAUUUCAUAAAACACACACACACACGCACACCUGCGUUUCUGCUUUCAUGAGUCAGAUGAAGUGUUUAUCACCAUGUUUUUUUAUUGUUUUUGGUUUGUUUUUUUUGUUCUGGCUUCAUGUUUUAAUGUUAAUCAUGAAAUAUCAGCCCAUUUUAUUCGAUGCAAAUGUAUUUGAGGAAGACUUCAGACGUGUUGAGGUCAUACAUGUGCGUCUCCCUCGUCUGUGGCGUCUGAUCUGGAUCAUGUCUUUUCUUCAGCUGCCGGUCUGUCGUUUUGUUCUUUGUUUUUAAGGCGUUUCUGAUUCCAACACUAGUCCAGUGCUUCGCUGUGCUCGUGUGCCUUGAUGAUGAUGAUGAUGAUGAUGAUGAUGAUGAUGAAAGUUUGGGAAAAACAUGCCUGAUGAAUGUCAAGCAGAUCUUCAUGAAGGCAUUGACGCAAUCAAACAUGCAUUAUUUAUUUCUCCACAUUACUUUACAGCCAAGAUGAUAAAAUGUAUUAUCUUUCUGUCAGUAAUCCUAAAUGUGCAGUUUGUCAUCACUAUAUCUCGGCUGACAGCAUUAUUGCAAUCUUUUUUUUGCGUCGUUGCAAUUUUAUGUUUAUUUAUUUGAGGAGCAGCUGGACAAAGAGACGGACGUUUUUCUUUCGUUUCAGGGAGUCGCGCGCGAUUUGUGUGUUUUCUAAUAUCUGAACGGCAUCAUCAGUAUUAAAUGAGUGUUCAGUGUUCGUCUUCAUGAACAUCAUGCCUUCAGAACGGACCAAAUCAUCUACACUUAUGGAAUGCCUUUGUAUUAUGAUUAUUAUUCUAGUUAUUCUAGUUCUUAUGCAUCAUUGACUGUCGUCUCUGAGUAUUUAGCAGCUUUAAUGAGAUGCAUCUUUAUUUUAAUGUUUUAUUUCCCCCUAAACGGCUCGAAUGAGCAGCUUAAACCAGUCUGUGGUGGUUUAAGCCGGUUCAUAGGGCUGCCAAACCAGCUGACAAGUGCCCAAACCCCUGUAAGACCAGCGGCGCGGAGCAGCGUUAGGCUGGUUUAAGUGGUUUCUUCUCCUCCUAACGCAGGUUUAUGUUCUCGUGAGGAACGUAUGCAGUGAUGAUCAUGAUAUUCACAAACCAAAGAGCUUCUGGACAGCCCUCUGUGUGUGAGAUUCACUGACAUGUUCAUGGUACAGAUUACCCACAAUCCCUCUGUCCCGCUGACGUCACUGGACUGAUGUUGAGCUGGAGGGUUUUAUCUGGACGUUUCUUCAUCUGUACAGUUUAAAGGCUCCAGCGACCCUGGAGUUUCUUCUCAAUGCAGUGUACAGAGAGUUUGCUGUACAAUAACUUUUCUACUCUGUUUUCUAUAUUUCCUGUACAUAAAGAACAAUAAAUUAUUUUUUAAACAUCA